UGUCAAGAUGGACUACACAGAUUGAUUCUUUGGCAUCAACCAAAAAGGUACAAAGCCUCUGGCUCAAGAUCCCCUAUAUAACCCAAAGAUCAAGAGCUCUUCUUCCUCACGGGUCUUCUUCAAACGUCUUCUUCAAGCUUAAGGGUUAAGCAAAAGAGAUGAACCGGGUUCUGACUUUUGUCCUCUGUUUCGCUCUGCUCUCGAUUCUUUCCCAUGGCAGACCCUUCACUCCAGAUGGGUCGGGAUCAGUCCCCCACGCCCUCAAAACCUUCGAGGUCAAUAGCACUCAGGGUGCGAAAAGCUGUUCUUACACAGUGUCGAUAAAGACGAGCUGCUCUUCAACUUCGUACACUCGUGACCAGAUCAGUCUUGCGUUUGGGGAUGCCUAUGGAAAUCAGGUUUAUGCGCCUAGGUUGGACGAUCCGUCGACUCGUACAUUCGAGCGAUGCUCCACGGAUACGUUCGACAUCUAUGGACCCUGCACGUACCAAGUCUGCUACAUCUACCUCUACCGGAGCGGAUAUGACGGGUGGAAACCCGAAACCGUGACCGUGUAUGGCUAUUACACCAAGACUGUGACCUUUUACUACAACACUUUCAUUCCGAACGGCGUUUGGUUCGGUUUCAACCAUUGUGGCAGCUAUUUAGCAUCAUCAGUAUCCUCAUCCGCAAUGUAGUAGAAUCUGCUUGCACAUGUGCUACUUGGUGAAGUUCUCUAGGUGGGCUGCUGGUGGAUUGUAUUGGGCAGGGUUGAUGAGCUGAUUUUCAGACUAAUGCUUCGGUUAAUAAGGAUGAGAUCAAGACAAUAAGACCUACAUCUUGCAUCAGUUAAAAUGCAAUCUCAGUUUGAUUA